AUGUCCGCAACAGUAUCGGAUCCAUACGAUCAAAUCCCGGGGGCUCCAGCUGACGACGAUGUCGAAGACAGACCAGAAGCCGAUAAGAAAGCGUUACUAAAUCAAGUGUUCAGAUCAUUGAAAAGAGCGCAAGAUCUAUUUUAUCAUGAUUAUGCACAACCACCACCAAUGCCUGAAGAAAACGACAACCUGAUUCGAUCGAUAAAACGAACACACGAGUACGGAAAUGUCAUUAAAAAAGUGGAAGAAGCGAAGAAAGCUAAAGAAAACGAGAUGCUGGCUCUACCCACUUCUGCACCAAGCCUGGGUGCCGGAUCAGUGAUCGCUGCAGCUGGAACGACGUUAGCCAUCACAGAUGGUACUGGAAAACUUAUGAACCAACAGACAUCUGCUCAAAAAGGAAAAUUACUGCCAUUGGUUCCACUUGGCGGUAAUUCAAAGGCAGAGGAUAACACAACUCGCUCACUUCUUCCAUCAAAAGCGCCAAUGAUGAUGAAACCGAAAUGGCACGCACCGUGGGAGCUCUAUCGUGUGAUCUCCGGACAUACUGGAUGGGUGAGAGCUGUUGAUGUGGAGCCACAGAAUCAAUGGUUCGCUACGGGCGGUGCGGAUCGGAUUAUCAAGAUUUGGGAUUUGGCUUCGGGAAGUCUCAAGUUAUCGUUGACGGGACAUAUUAGUUCAGUGAGAGCUGUUAAGAUCUCGCCGAGGCAUCCGUUCUUGUUCAGUGGUGGGGAAGACAAGCAGGUAAAAUGCUGGGAUCUCGAAUACAACAAAGUCAUCCGUCACUACCACGGACAUUUGAGUGCAAUUCAAGCUCUUUCCGUGCAUCCAUCUCUCGACGUCCUUGUAACCUGUGCUCGUGACUCCACCGCCCGUGUUUGGGACAUGCGGACUAAGGCUCAAGUGCAUUGUUUCGCUGGUCACACGAAUACGGUCGCAGAUGUUGUCUGCCAGUCUGUAGACCCACAAGUUAUCACCGCUUCUCACGAUGCUACUGUUAGAAUGUGGGAUUUGGCGACUGGACGAUCUAUGUGUACUCUAACUCAUCAUAAGAAAUCAGUGAGAGCCUUGACUAUUCAUCCGAGACUCAAUAUGUUCGCCUCGGCGUCUCCGGAUAAUAUCAAGCAAUGGAAACUUCCGAAAGGAGAAUUCAUGCAGAAUCUCUCUGGACACAACGCGAUUAUUAACACAUUAUCCACAAAUGACGAUGGUGUUGUGGUUUCUGGCGCCGACAACGGAUCUCUUUGCUUCUGGGACUGGAGAUCUGGAUUCUGUUUCCAGAAAAUUCAAACAAAACCACAGCCGGGAUCGAUCGAGUCGGAGGCGGGAAUCUAUGCGUCGUGCUUCGAUAAGACUGGACUCAGAUUCAUCACGGCGGAAGCGGAUAAGACGGUGAAAAUGUACAAACCGGAUGAUUCAGCGACCGAAGAAUCGCAUCCAAUCGUUUGGCGUCCGGAAAUUGUGAAGAAGAAGACAUAUUGA